AAGUAAAAAAGGCUUUUAAGUUAAUGGUAUGGUUUAUCUGAUUUUUUUUUCUCAUUUGUUGAAGCAGCCUGAAAUAACAUCUUAUUUUGGAUGAGUGGAGCUAAUGAUGUAAUGAAUUAUAGCUUUGGUCAUUUGGCUGUCAGAGUUGGGUAAUGGCCUUAGUAAAUUUAGUUUGUCAUUAAAAGUAGCAUUUCUAAACUGCUACUUUUUAUAACUGUCACAAACUCUUUGUUCUAUUGUUUCUCAUAUGCCAGGAAGAAUUCAACAAAGCAGUAUUUGUUUUUUGUUGUUGCCCCAUCAAAUAUUAAAAUAUUCCACCAAGGGUAUUGGGUAAGGAGAAAGAAAAUAAGAUUUUCUACAAGCCACAGAAGUGAUAGUGCACUUGCGCCAGUAAAUUUGUAAGGGCGUCAAUCGUUGAACACCAACGCGGAACAUUACAGCGGGAUUGGAGUGCUUCUGCCCAGAACUGGGCAUGGUAAAAGAACCCAGAGGGCACUUGGACCGGCAUUGCGCCUAUGAUCGGGUCCCUGACUGUUGUCCUGUACGUGGUCUCUGGCUGCAUUCAGCGCAUCAUGGGGCAGGCUCUGACCAAGAUCAAGCCGCAGUGGUGGCCUUCGGACGGCCAGCCCAAGCCGGCUUCCGACGGGCUAGACGAGUGCGGCGGCAAGAUCUUCACCCUGGCCAAAUCCGUGCACCACAUAGCGCCGUUGGAAAACGAGGAAAUUGUGAUCAAGGAGAGUGUGGUGACCAGGGCCGUUCCUGUCGCCGCCGCGGUGGGACACAGGGCGGCAGCCUACCCGUCCAACGGCGCCGCUCCUCGUGCGGGCGGUAAGAGACCCCGGGAUGAGCCGUCAUCAUCAGACCAGCAUGAGGAUACUUCAGAACCGCUGGCGGCGCAGGCUGCCGGGCCCCAGCCGAAGCGGAGACCGGUGCACGGGUUUGAGACCCUGAUCAAAAGCAAGGAUGUCUACCCUUUCCUGGACGACGAUGAGACAGUGGACUACCUGAGGACUUCGAAGGUCCUAUUUGUGAUGAAGGGACUGCCGGGCAGCGGGAAGUCGCAUCUGGCCAAGCGGAUUCUCCAGCGGUACCCCGAUGCCGUCCUCUGCUCCGCCGACGACUUCUUCAUGAAAGAUGGGAGGUACGAGUUCGAGCGGGACCAGCUGCCGGCGGCGCACGAAGCGUGCCAGCGGCGCGCCGAGCGGGCCUGCUGCGAGCAACGCGCCCACUUGGUGGUCGACAACACGAACGUGCGCGACUGGGAGUGGCGGCCGUACGCGCGCCUCGCGCUGCGUCACCAGUACGUGCUGCUGCUGGUGGAGCCCGACACGCCGUGGCGCCGCGACCCGGCCCGGCUCGUCCAGAUGAACAGCCACGCCGUGCCUGAAGAGGACAUCCGGCGGAAGUUGAAGUCGCUGCAGAUCUCCAUACCUCUCUACUACGGCUGGAUUUUGAACGCGGCAGACUGCCAAGCACUGCUGGACCGGGCCCGGCUGAUCCUGGAAAAGGUGUUCCGAGCCAGCAAGGCGUUCGCCGAUGACUUCCGUGCCAUCACUGGCAGCUCACGUAUCUCAGACCUGUCGGCACUGUACCCGGCGCCGCCCGAGCUGCUGCACUGCACAGCGCGCUUCUGCGGCCGCGGGCGGGCGGCCGGCGCGCGCGGCUACGCCGAACGGGUGGACGUGCGCCGCGCCGUCGGACACCGCUCGGUGGCGCGCGUCACCGGUCUGCUGUUGACGCCGCGCACGCUCGGCCUGCUGCGCCGGCCGCUGGCGAAAGUGGAGCGCGCCACGCUCCACCGUGUGGACGAGCAGGUGUGGUACCUGGACCUGGAGCGGGACAUCGUGGUGGAUGUCGUGUUCGGCGCCAGGUACUGA